UAUUCUGUGCCUUCUCGGGCCGUGACUGAUGACGUCUUGGGAGCGCACAAGGACGUAAGCAGUGGCUAAGUUGCUAACAGCUAACAGCUGGCCUGGAUGAGAGUACAAGAUGUCUGCCACAGAUGAUGAUAUCGAAUUGAGGGAUUUACUUAUCCAAAAUUUGGAGAACAACGGAGUUCUAAACAAGCUCAAGGCGGAGAUGAGGGCUGCCGUGUUUCUGGCUUUGGAGGAGCAGGACCGAAUGGAGAACAAGACGCCGCUAGUCAAUGAGAACCUAAAGAAAUGUCUCAGCACUAAAGAAGGUCGUCUGGUGGCCAGUCUCAUUGUGGACUUCAUGCGGGUUUUUCACCUGGACUUCAGCCUGUCUGUGUUCCAGCCAGAGAUAAACACUCAUCCGAGCGGCCUGGAAAAUCGGCAGCUGCUCUGCGAUGAGCUGGGCAUUUCGGAGGCGGAGCUUAACGCUAACUCGCCCGUGCUGCUGGAGCUCGUUCGACGCAGACAACGCAAGUCCGAGUCCAUCAUGGCCGCUGAGGUGGCGUCGGAGGAGAACAGCGUCGCUGUCAACAAGGACUCUGCGCCGGCCAUCGAGGAGCGUCUUCCCGAGAAGGUGUCACCGCUGGAGCUGCUCGCAGAUUUGGAACCGCAGGACGACGACGACUCCUUUUUUGAUGACCCGCUGCCUCGGCCUCAAAAGACAUACGGCUCCCACGUGGUGACUCGCGAUAGCCAACAAAGUCCAGCGGCGCCGACAUCGGGAGGAGGAGGAAGCGCGUCGGAAAAGAGCCACAGCGAGACAGCGUCGAGAGGGAAAGCGUCGGCCAAGUUCCCCAGCGGAACGAAGCAGAGCGGCUCGAUCCAUUUAGACGAAGACGACGACAUUGAGUACGAUGACGACUUCAACAGCCACCGCUCCGACUUGUACAAGAGCGAGCUGAGCAGCAGCCGCGAGAUCGAGGAAAUCUCCAUCGAGGGGCCCGACCACAGCGACAAGCUGGAGGACACGGUGGACGUGAGCGUCUCCCAGCCCAGCGUUAGCGUGGGUGUGGACUACAUGGAGGAAGUGUCCUGACGUUGGCGCCCUACGCCAAUUCCCGUUCUUCCCACGUGCACUUUGAGGACUUCCCGUCGGAGGCAGACGACAAGUGACAGGAAGUGCCUUGCCCACAUUGCAGCCAGCGGCUGCUUAUCAGGGAUACACGCUACCCGGCCCUCGUGCGUGCCUACGUGUAUGACACGGUGACUCGCUCGGAGUUUGAAGAAUGUCGCCUGACCCCAUUCUAGCGUGGGGUGUGUACAGGUAGGUCAAAGGUCAAUGUGCUGUCAAGUGGUGGAGGGGCGGGACUUCCCACGGGGCUCUUAUCCAAUCAGAGAAGGACCAUGUGGUCAGGAUUGUUUUCCCUUUUUUUUUUGUUCCUCUCUUUAACUAAAAUAAUUGUUUAUUUCGUCAUAAUUUUCAAGUGAAACCAAAAUGAAAUGUUGCAAAUGUGUAUCAUGUUUGUCUACGUGUGGAUAUAAAGUCUGUAAAUAAGGCUUAGGGUUGAUUUUAAGUUGUGACAUGUUUACAACACAGAAAAUAAACGCUGCAAUUAUUC